AUGCCUGAGGCGGCCUCGAAUGGCGGCCACAAGCGGGCGCUACUGAUCGGCUGUCCCGUUGCGGGACUCAGGGCCCCCGCCCAGGACUUGGAAACUAUGAGAACAAUACUCGAAGUUUACGGAUUUUCCUGCGAGACGGUACAAAACGCCACUAGAGCUGACAUUCUCAACCACUUGGAGGAUAUCAUCGAGGCCACGAACGCAAGCGAUGCUGUCGUGGUCUACUUCUCAGGCCAUGGAGGCCUUGUAGAGCAGACAGGCGAGAUCAACGCGAAGCGCCCAGUCCAGUUUCUCAUCCCGUAUGACUUUUCAGACACCACCGAAGGUGACUUCAGAGGAAUUACAGACGUGGAGUUGUCACAAUAUCUGCGCCGAAUCACCGACAAGACCGAAAAUGUCACCCUGAUACUGGACUGUUGUCAUGCAGCCCGCAUGGCCCGACUCAAGGCCACCGUCAAAAAGAUUGACCCGCAAGUCUAUGCUGUAGUUUUCUCACACAUUCAAAAGAUGCUGCGAGAUGGCACGCUCAACGGAGGCGGUCAUCAUGAAAGAAAUCCCCGACUUCUCACCAUUGCAGCGUCAGCGCAGACUGAGAGCGCUUACGAACAGGCCUUCGGCGAGGAGCAGCGAAGUGUGCUCACAGAAGCUCUUGAGCGUGUGAUGCUCCGACGGGAUGCGUCUGGUAAUCCGUCAAUAAGUUGCUGGCGCAGCGUCAUGCGCAGCGUUCGAGACCGCAUCAAAGCCACCUGUCCUCAGCAAUUUCCGCAAAUUGAAGGAGACGACACGCGGUUCACCUUCAGCCUUGACAAAGCGAGUCUUAAUGCCGCACUUCCGUUCUCAUACACUCCGAAGGAUGGUCCUGUCUUGGAGGGUGGGAGGCUUCACGGUGUUGUGGCGGGAGAUACUUAUGCCGUCUUGCCGGGGCUUGAUGAGCGAUUUGACUUGCGUCGCCAGAUUACUGAGAUCACCGUUGAUGCUGUUGGGCCUGUGAAGUCGCGGGUCAUCAAAGACAGCGACCUCAUCAGUCGGGUUGAGAAACAUGCUGGAUCAGACAUGAGAGCUUUUCCAAGAAAGAAGAUUGGUAGAUUGCCCGUCGCAGUUCAGCUUGGGGAGGCCUCAGAGCAGUUAAAUGGCCGCAUUGAUGGAUCGCCUUUUCUCUGCAAAGCUGAAGACAACGAUCCGUCCCCAUUCGCCACAAUCGCGCGCGGGGAUUCCGAAGUCGAGCUCUGGAGUCAGGAGACUGGUGAAUCCUCUCUCCUGGGUUGCUGGCAGGCGACAGGGGAACAUGUUGAUGCCCGAUGUGUCUCCGAGAUUAUUGACAGACUGGAGUCCAUGGCGCGGUCGAGACACCUUCUCUCGCUUGCUCGGCAAGUCGAGCCGAUUGCACUGUCACAACAAGUCGGUGUGCAGGUCGGCCGAGUCAGAUGUGGCCAACCGGACACCAGCGGCCAAGAAGGAGGCCUCGUGGUCACCGAAGGGGACAGGAUAUUCAUCAAACUUUGCAACAAUGGCCGAUCACCAGUUCUUGUAACGAUUUUCGAAAUUUGCGCUGGAUCUGUUAUGAUGCUUACUUCCGCAACACCAAGCGGCCGAGAACUUCGUCCCAAUGAGGAGUACAUCUUUGGCGAGUUGGACAUGAUAUUCGGAACCCUUGAAGGGUCUGAGGUUGAUUGGCCCGAGAGGGUGCCAAAGAAAUGCCCCAGGCUUUUCGAGAACAUUGUUGUUGUGGUAACACCUAAUCGACUCGACAUGGAUCUUCGGUGCCUUGAGACGGGCCCUGGAGCGGCCAAGGGUGCAGACAGGGGGGCUCAAGAACUCGAUGCGCCAAGUCUCAGUGAUUUCAUCGAUACUGUCGGCUCGAGCUCUACCAGAGAUUUCAAAACUCGGCAGACUUAUGUCGAAUUUGGCAUGCGUGUAGUCUCGUUCGAGCUGAACCACAACUGA